CUGCGCGCGGCGCCCCUGGCGCUCUACGAGCUCUUCUCUCACCCGGUCGAGCGCGGCUACCGCGCCGGGCUCUGCUCCAAAGCCGCGCUCUUCCUGCUGCUGGCCGCCCUGCUCACCUACAUCCCGCCGCUGCUGGUGGCCUUCCGGAGCCACGGGUUCUGGCUGAAGCGGAGCAGCUACGAGGAGCAGCCGACCGUGCGCUUCCAGCACCAGGCGCUGCUCGUGGCCCUGCUGGGACCCGAGCGCGGCGGGGUCCUCGCCUGGAGCACGUUCCCCGCCUUCAACCGGCUGCAGGGGGAUCGCCUGCGCGUCCCGCUCGUGUAGACUAGAGAAGAAGACAGGAACCAGGAUGGGAAAAUGGACAUGCUGCACUUUAAACUGGAGCUGCCCCUGCAGUCCUCGGAGCACGUCGUUGGCGUGCAGCUCCUGCUGACCUUCUCCUACCAAUUACACAGGAUGUCGACAUUUGUGAUGCAGAGCAUGGCGCUUCUCCGGUGCUCCUUCCCGGUUCCUAGGUCCCAGGUGUAUGUGAACGGAGACCUGAGGCUGCAGCAGAGGCAGCCCCUCAGCUAUGGUGGCCUAGACGUCCGCUACAAUGUGCCUGUGAUCAAUGGGACCAGCCCCUUCACCUAUGACGAUGACCUCACCCCCACUGUUGCUGCCUACCAGGAAAGGAACAUUACAACCAUGCUGAAUGAUCGCAACACCACCUGACCAGUUAGCAGGGCCUCCGAAGCUCCAGUCCUGAUCAAUGCUGUCAUUCAAUAUCCUGGGGAAGUCUGUACUUAUAAACCAGGAUUCGGGGAGAUAAGGUUUGCCUGCAUCCUGAGUAAGUAUGCCAGUACCCUGCUCAUCUUCCUCUGGGUGUUUCAAAGAAUCAAGAUUGUCUUUCACAAUCAGGUGGUGACCACAAUCCCUGCAACAGCAAUGCCCCGUGGAGAAGGGUAUAAGGAGCACUUAUCCUAAGAAGAGCGUUUCUGGAGACUUAGCAGGACUAAGGCUACCUCACUGUGGUCUUCUGAGAACUGCCAUCUUGCUGAUGUCCACUGGGAGCCCAGUGGACACCUGUGGGGUUCAGUGUUUUUCCCUCAGAGACAAACCAAUUCUUUCCAGUUUUGCUCAACACAACUCGGGUAUCUUCUAAGCACCUCCAAAGCCAUCGGGAAGUAAUUUGUAGAAAAAUCUGAGGGUUCUGGGACAUGUUGUUUACUUUUUUUGUUUGUUUUGCCUUAGCCCUGAAUUUCAGGAGAACAUUACAGUUAGUUCAGACAUCCUGGAACAAGUCCCAUCUCUGGUCCAGCAGAAGCUUUCUCUCCCUUGAA